UUUCUUGAUCGUUCUUCUGUGUCUGUCCAUGCAUGCAUGUGAGGCUCGCUAUUUUGGGCUUGGCCAUAAGGGUUUUGGUGCGUCACUCCAGCAGUCUGGCAAGGGUGUGUUGCUGGUUGUGGAAAAGUUUAGGCUUGGAAUGGAUUCAACUGGAGGAUCAGUUAAGAAGGAAGAUGGUGCAGCUGAAAAGGGUCAUGGUGCAAUCAUUCAAGACUCAAUGACUCGAGCUACAAAGGGACUGAAGUUCACAAGCAGAGCACAAAAAUCAGGUGUUCCUCCAGUUAAUAAGCCUCCUGUUUCAGUUUCUUGGCCUGUGCCGCGCAAGAUUAAUCGUGACAAGAAUCACGGGGACAAAACUACUAGUCCUGGGAUUUACUCAGAUUAUUCAAGACCAAGAACACGUCCUCCAUCCCAUAACUGA